AAUGUAAUUUACGUGGCUGUAGACGAAAAUUCCGACAAAGCUAAGCACAAAAUAAAAAAUAAUUAUUUUUUUAAUUUAUUAAGUAUGCGAUAGUUUUUUUUGAGCCCCCAAAACCCAUACAACUGCUAGCGCAAGUGCAAUACGUAAAAGCAACAACUAAAACCACACCACAAUGGGCCUUUGCAAAUGUCCAAAAAAAUUGGUGACAAACCAAUUUUGUUUCGAGCAUAGAGUCAAUGUCUGUGAGCAUUGCAUGGUGCAGAGCCAUCCCAAAUGCAUAGUGCAAUCGUACCUGCAAUGGCUAAGGGAUAGCGACUAUAUAUCCAAUUGCACAUUGUGCGGCACAACGUUGGAGCAGGGCGAAUGUGUACGUCUGGUGUGCUAUCAUGUUUAUCACUGGGACUGCUUGAAUGCGCGUCAAGCAAGCUUGCCGGCAAAUACAACGCCCAGUGGUCACCAGUGUCCGAGCUGUAAUGUGGAAAUCUUUCCAACAUCUAAUCUGGUGUCACCCGUGGCAGAAGCGCUUAAAAAAUAUUUAGCGCAAGUGAACUGGGGCCGUAAUGGCUUAGGACUUGCUUUGCUAUCAGAGGAUCAGAUGAGCAGCCUCAAGGCGAAAGCAUCGGCGCCUGUAUCGAACAUUACCAAAGUGCAUCAUCAUAACUUAAGCGGCGAACGCGAGCGCAUUAAAGCCAAUGGCAGCGGCGACAACGCUAGUCCACAUUCCGUACUCUUAAUGGAUGCAUUUAAUCCGCCUAGUUCAGCCGAUUUGCACGCCAGCAGCCGAAGGCCUUUGCUGCCACGCCAAACGCCCAUUGGCGGCACAGACCGUGAUGACAAUAAGUAUCAGCGUCGCUCGCCAGCAGAAUUAUUUUCACGUUGGACGCGUCGUUUUUAUGCUCCUUCGUCACGUCCGCCUUGGCGUCGUACUUGGUUUCUGGUGCUCAGCGGCAUUUUGGGCUUUGUUAUGUUUAUUUAUUUAAUGGCAUUGCUGGGUCGUGGUGGCAGCAGCAGCAACGACGACGAUGGUUGGAAUAAUCCCAAUCCGAAUCCAAAUCAUUAUGAAUAAGUUUUGCAUGCCCAUGUUAUAAACAUAUAUUGUAUCCUAGCGCGCCCGUUUAAAAAUCAAAAACAGAUAUUUAUGUAACUUAACAUUUGCA